AUGGACCCCUUUGCGCUUCCGAACGCCGACCCCCGCUGGCUCGUCCACAAAUUCGACUACGACUUCAUGAUUUUCGCCAUGCAAGUGAACCGGAUGAUCCCGAGCACCGAUGCCAUCCUGGAACUCAUGCCCUCGUACGCCGAUAUUCCCCGAGAUGCACCUGUGGAUCAACUUGGGGGGAUCCUCCGAGGAGGUAUUGGCACCGAAUACCAUUACUCGUGUACAACGGCGAUGUUGCCCAGGGAUCUGGAUGGUCUGGUCAAUGGCGAGUUACGGGUUAGUGGCACGAGUAAUCUUCGAGUCGUCGAUACGAGAAUCUACCCUGUGGUGCCGGGCGCGCAUUUGCAGGCCGUGGCGUACGGGGUCGCGGAGAAGGCUGCUGACUUGAUCAAAGCGAAUCAAUGA